GCGAGCGGUGCAACAAGCGGCCGAUUCUGACUGCUGAAGACUCCCUUGAGAAGGACAGCAGCAGGGGGAUGCAGGUGACGGUGAAGAAUCCCUUCAAUGUGGUCAUCUUCUUCCAGCCGGUCAUGUUGCAGUGUGACUAUGUCACCAGCGCUCCUGUGCCUCCAAUCGUCACCUGGAAGUUCAAAUCCUUCUGCAGGGAUCGAAUCGCGGACGCCUUAAACUCUUCGAGCAUCAACUCCACCACACGAAUGCUGAGGCAGCAGGCCGGCUAUAACCCGAAUGUGGAGUGUCCGGACAGCACCCAGACUGUGCGCAUGGUGGCCACCAAGCAAAGCAACACCGUCACUCUGGGACCAUAUUAUCAGGGGCGGAAAAUCACCAUAAAUAACAACGGACAUCUCAUCUUCGAUCACGCGGUUUUAGGAGAUAGCGGUGUUUACACCUGUGCGGUCUUCUCACCACAGGACCUGUCUGGAAACAAUGAGGCUUAUGCUGAGCUCUUUGUAUUGGGCAGCAGCAUGGGGAUGCAGGUGACGGUGAAGAAUCCCUUCAAUGUGGUCAUCUUAUUCCAGCCGGUCACGUUGCAGUGUGACUAUGUCACCAGCUCUCUGACGCCUCCUAUUGUCAUCUGGAAGUUCAAAUCCUUCUGUAGGGAUCGCAUCGCGGACGCCUUUAACCCAUCGAGCCUCAACACCACAAACAACCUGAUGCAGCAGGCCGGCUAUAACCCAUAUGUGGAGUGUCCGGACAGCACCAGGACCGUGCGCAUGGUGGCCAGCAAGCAAAGCAACACCGUAACUCUGGGACCAUAUUAUCAGGGACGAAAAAUCACCAUAAAUAACAAUGCAGAUCUCACCUUUGAACAAACGUUUUUCGGAGAUAGCGGCGUUUACUACUGUACAGUCUUCUCACCACAGGACCUGUCUGGAAACAAUGAGGCUUAUGCUGAGCUAUUGGUAUUAGGUCACAAAAGUAAAAUACAAAAAUAAGAUACAAGCCAUCUACAAUCAAGAAUCAAGAACAACUCCAAUAAAUCAAAGAUCCCAUGUCUGACAGAUGUCCAAUGUUAUAUUUCAUCUCCCCCACCACAUCCGCCGCCAACUGCUCCUUCAUAAACUGGUCCGCGAUGAAAACGAAGAAACAGAUCCGUUCUGGUAGAUAAUGGUCGUACAUCAAUAUACUUCUCGCAGAUUUUGAAGAAUUUCUUGCUGCAUUUUUCUUUUUCGAUGGAAGGUGUUGUUCUCCAUUGUAAAAAAACAGAGGUGAAAUGGUCACGCGGUCCGUGCUGUGCCCACCUGAGCUGCUUGUCCCACGUCCAAUAUCCCACCGCCACUGCCAUGGGAACCAAAAUGGCGGCGGUCAAAUGGU